GUCCCAGCUUACGUUCGACUUCCACUGCAAACUCUGUGUGCAUCUGCCUGGCCUCUGCGGUACUCCAGUGCUGAAAUCUGUCUGGACUGGCAAUUGUAUACUGGACCAAUGCAGCGAGAGAUCUACAUGAACAUACCAGCGCAGAAUCCUCAGCAUACGCCCAGCUUCGAGGAACGUCGCGUACAAGACUACCUACGUGCAUACCAGUCAACUGGAAGGCCACCAGCGCCAUGUCCGACACAACCGACCGACCGAGCGCAGCGUGCCGCCCUUGGUUUGCCACCAUAUAUCGAGUCGUACUCGGAAGUGGUGCGCGGUAGCACAGACACUGCUAUGAAUGGUGGUUUGCUCCCACCAUCAAUCACUAUUACCAUCAACGAUGUGGCAGCAGCAAUGCCCGACGUACAUGCCUUCCGACCGGUGCCGCUCCCGGAUGAGGGCACCGGUACUUCGCGGGGCGCAUACUUCCAUUGCAUCGUAUGCCAACCUGAGUUUCGUGCAUGGUCAAUUGAGGAAUUGAGGGUCUCCGCGUAUGCCAAAGGUCGAAAGCAUGCUCCCGAGGCUGCCAUACCACGACCAACAACUCCGCAGCCGGCGCCUGUGCUCCUAUCUACCAAUGGCUAUCCCGUGGAGAACUUCCAAAGCAUUUCUUGCAAGCCUGAUUACAACAAGCAUAGUCUGGAGGAACUACGGCUAGCUUUCUAUGGCGCAGGACGUCAGCUAACAUCCGCAGAGAUCAUUCAACGAAGCGCUGCUCUCCGGAUAGCGAAGCCAUGAACGAUUGGACGGGCGAACGGACACUACAAUUGUAACCUUGCUAUCGCUUGCUAUCCUGUACGACGAUGUGUCUUGAUAAGUGUGAGUGGAACGUAAUAAGAACAUGUACGAUAUCAUAAAUA